UCUAAAAUCAGAAUUGUGUUGCUCUUUGAAAUUCCCAGUAAGAAACUCGCAUUAUAAUGCGAAUCUCCAGAAAGGAGCUGAUUGCCAUUAUCCUCAUGCUGUCGGCGCUCUUCUCUGUGCUAAAUGCCAUCUUCUUUGCGAACACUCUGCCCGUCUACGUCAGUUAUGAGCAGCUGCUGCAGCAGGUCGUCAGCUUCGGCACCGCCUACCUCUGCUGUCUGUACGCCCUGAGCACCUGGAUGUACCACUCGAAUUACUCCCGGACCCGCCAGCACAUGCGGUACGCGCUUCUGCUGACGCUGCUGCUGAUGAUAGUCGCCAACUUGGUGGCUGCGAUUGCGUAUAUGAAGCUGCUGGCAUUCUCACAGUUUAAGGAAUCGACGGACAUCAGCGGCCUCUUCACCAAAUAUGACAUUGCCUGCAAGUCCCUUAGCCUGGGUCUAUCGAUCCUAACCAUUCUCCUCCUUCUCAUCGUUAUGAUGGUCGUCUUUGUGACGAUCAUAAGAAAGCACAAAAAGAUGCGGCGCCAGAAGAUGCGCAAAAGGGCCGCGGCUCUCAGGGCCCAGAAGGCAGGGCCCUAAGCAGCUGUCUGCGUCAUCAGCGUCUUUAUUGUUGGUACUGCAACGAGAAGUCAACGGCACAGUUGACGGCGUCGUGGGAUCGCAAAUAAAGUUUGGUUUUCAUGCAACGCCAAACAUUUCAUGUCGUAGCAAUGUGGCGCCGCAGUUGCAAUAAUAUAAAUAUUAUACUCGUGCGACGCAAGGCACAGACACAGUGCAGGGUCCCCCCAGUCCCAUCCCAAUGCCCACUGACACACAGAUUCGGUUCUGUCUGGGCGCUUCCUUUUCACAGGUGAUGCGAAAAAAGUAUGAACGGGCAUGUGGCAGUGCCAUCAGCAAUUCGAUGUCGAGAUGCUCUUGUACGGACUCCCACCCAUGUCCACAUGUAAUGGAUUCCCUUUCUGAGACGAUGUACAUAUAUAAUAUAUGAAAUUUGUUUACUUA